AUGGCUUCAGAGAAACACACUGAAUUGUUUUCUCCCUCUGCCGCGCCUAUCCUCGAAUUCACCCGAGCUUGCCGCCAGAGCCAGGUUUGUAAUUAUUCAUGCGUUCAGUGUUUUCGUAGUGAUGACCCAUUUCUGGUGCUGCUGCCCUGCCCACUUCGUUUAAGGGGUGUAAUUUCUGCUGUUUGUUCUGUGUCGCUAGAUCUGUUGAGAUGCGGGGAUGUAGAGGCAAACCCAGGUCCUACAGAGCAGAUGUUGUCAGAACUGUUAAAUGGUCAGCGCAUAGAAGGGGUUGAAGCACAGUUAUCUGCUUUAGCUACCCUGACAAGUAAAGUACAAGGUAUCGAGAUUGCUAUGUCACAACGAGAUGAACAGAUUUGUAUGCUUGUAUCGAAAGUUGACGAUCUCGAAAACAGAUCCCGCAGAAAUAACUUAAUUAUAUAUGGAAUAGAAGAACCUGCUAGAGAAUCUAACGAGGAACUACUGAAUGAAGUAACAGAAUGUUUUCAGAAAAACCUUGAGGUAACGACAUCCGCCAUUGAACGAUGCCAUAGGCUUGGCCGUAAGGUUGGAAAUAAGCCACGUCCAGUAAUCAUAAAAUUUCUAGAUUAUCGGGAAAAGACUUCUGUAUUAAAGAACGCAUUUAAGCUAAAGGGAACUACGGUGUCUAUUUCUGAGGACUUCUCUAACAGGGUACGGGAAGUACGAAGAAAUUUGUGGAAGAGCGCGGCUGAAGAAAAGAGAAAUGGCGCAAAGGUUAAGCUAAUAUACGACAAAUUGAGCAUUGAUGACACCCUGUAUGGUUGGAAUGAAACCGAAAAAUCGCGCUUUAAACUUCAAAAGUAGAAG